AUGACCAGGACUUUGAAGGUCAAACUAUUUGAGUUAGAUCCAGAGAUUGAGAGGAAUUUCAGGGCUUUGAGAAUUCAAGAGAAAGUUUCAAAAGGCUCUGAAAAUUCCUUAUCACAUUCAGAUAUUCUCAUGGCUGAUCAUAAUAGAACCAUGAAGGAACUUGCAGCUCCUGAUGAGGCUUUCAAAUAUUCGUGCAUCACGUAUCCAAAUUUAGCAGGAGAUUUUGAGUUGAGAUCAGGGUUGAUUCAUUUACUUCCCAAAUUUCAAGGGCUAUCUGGAGAAGACCCAAAUAGACAUUUGCAUGAAUUCCACGCGGUAUGUUCAACUAUGAAGCCACAGGGUAUUUCAGAAGAAGAUAUCAAGCUAAGGGCUUUUCCAUUUUCAUUAACUGGAGUAGCAAAGGAUUGGUUAUUUUAUUUGCCACCAGGGUAUAUUACCUCUUGGAUCGAUAUGAAGAAGGCUUUCUUGGAGAAAUACUUUCCAGCUUCAAGGACCGCUACUAUCAGGAAGAGUAUCUGUGGAAUUCAACAAGUGGUGGGAGAGACACUUUAUGAAUAUUGGGAGAGAUUCAAGAAGUUAUGUGCAAGUUGUCCUCAGCACCAAAUUAGUGAGCAGUUACUAGUUCAGUACUUCUAUGAAGGAUUAUUGCCUAUGGACCAAAGUAUGAUAGAUGCGGCAGCUGGGGGAGCUUUGGUGAAUAAAACUCCAGAACAAGCUAGAGAGCUCAUUUCUAAUAUGGCAGAAAAUUCUCAACAAUUUGGAAGUAGAGCUUUAACUACAAGAGGAGUAGGAGAAGUACAAAUGUUUUCUAAUGAACAAAAGGAGAUAAGGAAUUCAUUGAUAGAGUUGACAUCUUUGGUGAAGCAAUUGGCGUUGAAUAAUGUUAAUCAAACUUCCACUUUGUCGAGUACACAAUUUCCAUAUCAAUCAAGGGGAGUUUGUGGUAUUUGUUCUAGCCAAGAUCAUGAUUCGGAGUUAUGUCCUAAUCUUCAUCAAGAUGAGUCUCUAGCAGCAUUUUCUAGAGCCCAAUUUUCUCAAAAGUAUGAUCCAUAUUCCUCUACUUAUAAUCCUGGUUGGAAAGAUCAUCCAAAUUUGAAGUACAGCAAUUCAUUUCAUCAACAACCAUCCUUGAAUCAGAGUUUCCAGCAACCUCAACAAAGUUUUCAGCAGCCAUUCCAAUCUUCUCAGAGACAAUUCCAGUCUUAUCAGCAAAUACCCAAUCAAAAUCAGCAAAAUCAACAUAGUUUCCAGAAUUUUCAGAACUCACAAUUUCAGCCUGCAACUCAAUUCCAGCAGCAGCAAACACUUCCAGCACCUUCAAGUGGGAGAAGAGUUGCAGAUUUUUCAAGUGAAGAAACUGCUGCUGAAAAUUUUCCAGAAAACCAGCAAUUUUAUUUUAGCAGUGAAGAAUUUCGAGGAGAUCAAAAUGUACCAUCUUCAAAUUCUAAUCCAAUUCUUGUCGAUCCUUUGAACUUGGAACAUGCACAAGGGAAUAGAAGUUCUAAUCCAGAAAUUUCUAGUAACAUUUUGCCAGCUGAACAGUUUCCAGCAGAAUUGCUAAAUUCCAGCAAAAUUGGAAAUUCAGGGAUUCAGAAUUCUGUUCAAGAAGGUUUAGAGCCAAUCAUUCCAUUGCCUUUUCCUCAACGGAAAACUCAACCAAGGAAGAAUGUAGAAGAGGAGAGAGCUAAGGAAUUUCAAGAGCUAGUGAACUUAUUUAGCAAGGUGGAGGUAAAUGUUCCUUUACUUACAAUGAUCAAGCAAAUUCCAAAAUAUGCAAAGUUUCUUAAGGAUCUCUGUGUGCUUGGGGGCUUCAAUUAA